AUGGCGUUCACACCUAGAGGAGGUCGUGGCGGCGGCGGCGGCGGUCGAGGUGGAUUUGGCGGCCGUGGUGGUGCCGGUGGUCGAGGUGGUGCCGGUGGUCGAGGUGGAUUCGGCGGUGGCCGUGGUGGUGCUUCAGGUGGAAGAGGAGGUAGAGGUGGUGCUCCCCGCGGUGGACGUGGUGCCCCUCGCGGUGGUCGUGGAGGUAUGAGUGGAGGCGCCAGAGGUGGUGCUAAAGUCGCAAUUGAAGUUCACCCACGUCAUCCAGGCGUCUUCGUUGCUAGAAGCACUAAGGAGGAUCUCCUUGUCACUAAGAACUUGGCCCCUGGAGAGUCCGUCUACGGCGAGAAGCGUAUCUCCAUCGACGCCCCAGUAGAGGCUAAUGCCGACGGCGAAACUGGCGUCCCAACCAAGGUCGAAUACCGUGUUUGGAACCCUUUCAGAUCAAAGUUGGCUGCUGGUAUCCUCGGUGGUCUAGAUGAAAUCUUUAUCAGACCUGGUGGGAAAGUUCUUUACCUUGGUGCUGCUUCUGGUACCUCCGUUUCUCACGUUGCCGAUAUUGUCGGCCCCACUGGUUGCGUCUAUGCCGUCGAGUUCUCGCACAGGUCCGGACGUGACCUCAUCAAUAUGGCAAAGAAGAGAACAAACGUUAUUCCAAUUAUUGAGGAUGCUCGCCAUCCAAUGAAGUACAGAAUGCUGGUAUCAAUGGUCGAUGUCGUCUUCGCCGAUGUUGCCCAGCCAGAUCAGGCCAGAAUUGUCGGAUUGAACUCCCAUCUGUUCCUUAAGGACAAUGGUGGUGUCGUCGUCUCUAUCAAGGCCAGCUGUAUCGACAGUACCGCUGCGCCCGAAGCUGUCUUCGCAAACGAGGUCAAGAGACUCAGAGCCGAGAGAAUAAAACCACUAGAACAAUUGACACUAGAACCCUUCGAAAGAGACCAUUGUGCUGUCGUCGGCAAGUACAUUCGCUCGCAGUCUUAG